GCGGACCGGGCAGUCAAGCCGGAAACUCCGAGCGUUCCGCGAAUCGGCGCUGAUCCGCUUUUACGACCACGGUGCCCGCGCGUGCCUCCGCGAUCGUUAUAAUUUUUGAAAUAAUGACCGCCCCUCCUCCCCCCUUUCAACAGACCCUGAUGACGUCGCGCGUUUCGAGAGAAUCUCUCGUCCCUCUCUCCCUCCCGAUUCCCUGAUGACACAGAUAGCCCUCGCUAUCGCGGGUUUUUUUUUCUUUUUUACUGUCUCUCGAACGAAAAAAGUGCCGGUCGAGUCGAUAAGUGUAUGUUUGUUGCAUCAGGAUUCGCUUCUCGCCGAUAAACCCGCCGGCCCCGAGAGGGACCCCGUCUAACGAUAUAAACGCGAUCACGGCACGCCGCGCCGUUAGAAACGCUUAUUGAAAGCGUUUAUUUCGCAAUCGAGCGGCGGCCUAUACGCAAUCGCCGGCGACAUUGGCGGCGUCUUCGCCGCUUUUUCAGAGAUCGUCGUCUGGGACUUGGAGAGCUCGAGAGGACCACAGUUGCCACAGUUUUGCCCGGAAGUCGACCUAAGGGAACGCCUGAUGUGUUCGGAAAUCCGAUAAGCGGUUUUGGCCGUCUUCACCGCCGCUGGAUCGAGCCUUACAGCUAGGAAUAUCUCUCGAGGAGCGUGUACGAGUUGCCCUCGUGAACUGUUCUGCACGCGCCUGUUUCUCUCGGAGCUACUUCCGAAUGUCACAACGAAAAGAAUUCUCGUGACACGAGAUAACGAUGUCAGAAUCGAUAGAGUAUUAUUAAAACGAUCGUCCGCGUCGCGAGUGAAGCCGUUAAUCGCGUACCGAUUAAAAUCCAAUAGAGGGAUAUCUUUAUAUAAGGGUUUCUAUAAAAGCUCUCUCUUUCGCGCGCAUUAUCGUAAAUACUGAAUAACGUAGGAUAAAUUCCGGAGAGCGAAAUGGCGUACGACGACGUUAUCCUUCGUAUGGGCGAGUUCGGCCGCUACCAGCGCAGGGUCUAUCUUCUACUCUGUCUUCCAGCGAUAUCGUGCGCCUUUCACAAGCUAGCCGGCGUGUUUCUCGGAGCCAAAAUGAACUCGAGGUGUUUGCUUCCACAUGAGCACGCGGAUAACGCCACGUUCCACCUGAGCCAGGACGUGCUGAACGCGAGCUAUCCGUGGGACCACGAACUCCGAGGGUGGUCCCAGUGCAUGAGCCGUGACAUUAUCGACCUUGCGAAUGGCACGAUCCUUGGAAACGCAAUUGGCAACGGCACCGAAGGAGGAGGCGUCAGCAACUGCAAGCAGUACGUGUACGACAGAAGCGUGUACAAAAGUACAACCACUUCUGAGUGGGACUUAGUCUGCGACAAGGCGUGGCUGAGAGCGACGGGGGACUCGUUGUUCAUGGUAGGAGUCAUGCUUGGCUCGAUGAUAUUCGGCGGUUUGUCCGAUAAAUAUGGUCGUAGACCAAUUUUCUUCCUGUCUUUAGUCAUACAGCUGGUUGGCGGUAUACUAGUUGCUGUCGCGCCCGAGUUUAUUUCCUACGUAAUCUUCAGGCUAAUUGUCGGGUCAACCACCAGUGGAGUGUUCUUAGUAGCUUAUGUCAUAGCUUUGGAGAUGGUCGGGCCAAAAAAGCGGUUAGUGGCUGGUGUUGGUUGCCAACUAUUUUUCACUACUGGAUACAUACUCACCGCCGGUUUCGCGUAUUUUAUUACUGACUGGAGAAUGCUGCAAGUAGCCAUCACUGUGCCAAGCAUCGCGUUUCUACUUUACUGGUGGUUCAUUCCCGAGUCCGCGCGAUGGCUCCUAACGAAAGGUCGCCUCCAAGAAGCGAAGGAUUUGCUGCAACGUGCUUCCCUGGAAAAUGGCGUAGAGAUGCCGAGCGAGACUCUCGAUACACUUCUUAAUAAUAACAGCGAGGAUAGUAUGCCCGACGCAAAGAAGCCUUCGCUCUUUGAUUUGUUCCGUUAUCCGAACUUGAGGCGGAAGAGCAUUCUCCUAUUUUUUAAUUGGCUCGUAAACAGCGGCACGUACUACGGACUGUCUUGGCACGCGUCCAAUCUUGGCGGUAACGACUACGUUAAUUUUGUAAUAUCUGGAGUGGUAGAAGUACCGGCGUACACUUUCCUCAUUUUCACCCUGAAUCGAUGGGGCAGAAAGAUCAUUCUAUGCGGCUGUAUGAUGGUGUCCGGAUUAGCGUUAAUUGCCACGUUAUUUGUUCCUGCCAAUAUGCCAUGGUUAAUCGUUUGUUUAGCAAUGAUAGGAAAACUCGCUAUUACUUCCUCCUACGGUGCAAUUUAUGUGUUUACUGCCGAACAAUUUCCGACCGUCAUUCGAAACGUCGGACUAGGUGCGAGUUCCACCUUCGCCCGAAUUGGCGGAGUUAUCGCGCCAUAUGUCAAUCAUCUGUCGGAAGUAUGGAUGCCAUUACCACUUGUCAUAUUCGGAUCAUGCGCCUUACUUGCUGGACUAAUGUCUCUUCUUCUGCCGGAGACAUUAAACAAAAAACUUCCUGAAUCGAUUCAAGACGGCGAGCUUUUUGGAAAGAAAUUAUCGAAGAAGAAGAAAAAGAAGCAACAGUUGAUGCUCGAACAAUUGAACGAUAUAGAAAUAAUAAAACCGUUAAAGGCUCAGGAAAAGCAGAAUGGUGUGCAUGAGAAGCAGAACGGAUGA